AUGUUUGAAAAGGAUCAACUGUUACCUCUUGAUGAAUCCAAGGUUCUGCUAAUCAAAAACUUCUUUGCCAGUUCUCAUGCAUUAAUCGCAGACUGUCUGGAAAAGCAAGAGUUCGAUUCCGUACCUAAGGCUGUAUCUGUGCUAAACAUCCAACUAGGUUUUACUGAAAUUGAGGAAGUGCUUGAUGAUCAGAUAUCCAUCUUCAAAGAGGAUAAGAAGAAACUAGAGGGUGUCUUAGUCGCUUAUGAACCGUUCAUGAUAAGUGCCCUCCUAAAAAGCGCUAAUCAACUCAGAAAAAAGUACCAAGACCCUGAAUCCCAGUCAAUCGACCCAAAAUCUCAGGAUUUUGACCUUAUAAACCUUCUAAACAUGCAGUCCUUAAUCAUGAUGCGCCGCAGUAGAAAACUCUACGAAGACAUCAUCGCAGCAUACAAUAAACUCAUCGCAGUCAUCAUCAGCCUCGAUGAAUUCAAAGCCAUCGUCACUAGGUACCUUGACUCACUAAUAUUACUUAGAAAUAUUAAUCUAGAGAUUGAAUACUUUGUCUCCUACUGCAAGGACUUUGAGAACAUUACCAUAUUCGUCAAAGAAUUUGGAACUGGUCUGGAUAGUAUAAACGAGAAGACUCAAGUUGCAAACCGCUUCCUCACACGUGCAGAAGCCUACCAACGAAAGAUACAACGUGUAUGCCUAGAUUCACUCAUUGAAAAGAUGAAGAAGAAGUGCGAUGCAAUUACCAACUGA